AAACAUUACUUUUGAUAUCUUUCUGAAGCCGGAGUUUCAAACACCUAAGUUUCAAGCUCAGUUUUUUCAUUUCACCGAACACAAAAGGAAUCUGAUUUUUCUUUUAAAACUGCAUUUUUUUUCCCUCCUCUACCGCAAUGCCAAACGCGUCCUAACUCCCACUGUUCCCCGCCUCUUCCACCAUGAAAUUCCGACCAACCUCUGCACCCAUUUCGCUCUCUCUUUUUCUCUUCCCGAUAAAUUACCGCUGUCGUUCGAUAUCAACAGCUAACCGGUUGGCGUGCUUAUGGAUUCUAGAAACAUCCGACGGUGAAUGAACUGAAAUUUGCAGACAAACUGCCCUGUUGACUUCUGACUUCACUAAUGGCAUCCACUGGUUCAACGCCUACUGAUCCUUCUUCUUCUGCACCCGAGGACACGGCAGCCAAAGCCGUCAACAAGCGAUACGAAGGCUUGGUUGCGAUUCGAACUAAGGCGAUAAAGGGCAAAGGAGCAUGGUACUGGGCACAUUUAGAGCCUAUUCUGAUCAGAAACCCAGACACAAGUCUCCCCAAAGCUGUCAAACUCAAGUGUUCUUUAUGCGACGCCGUCUUUUCAGCCUCAAACCCGUCGAGAACCGCCUCGGAGCAUCUUAAACGAGGCACGUGCCCCAAUUUCAACUCUGAUUUGAGAUCCAAUUCGGUAGUUUCGCCUUUGCCGUCUCUUCCUUCUCAUAAUCAUCGAAAGCGAAGCUCUCACAUGGCUACCCCCUUAAAUUCACUAGCUAUAGUUGAGUCAACUCGUGUUUGUAACGAACUCGGUUCUCCUAAUGCUGCGUUAAGUCAGCAGCAGCAUCUGGUGUUAUCUGGUGGUAAAGAGGAUUUGGGGGCAUUGGCAAUGUUGGAAGACAGUAUUAAGAAGCUUAAGAGCCCAAAAGCUUCACCUGGUCCUUCAUUAAGCAAGGACCAGAUUGAUUCUGCUCUUGAAUUGUUAGCUGAUUGGUUCUAUGAGGCUUGUGGGUCAGUAUCAUCUUCAAGCCUCGAGCACCCAAAGUUUCGAGCUUUCCUUCAUCAAGUGGGCUUGCCUUCUUUGUCAAGGAGGGACUUGUCUGGUGCUAGGCUAGAGAACAGGUAUCACGUGGCAAAGACUGAGGUGGAAGCUAGAAUUAGAGACGCUAUGUUCUUUCAAGUUGCUUGUGAUGGCUGGAAGAAAAAGAAUUGUUGUAGUGGAGAAGAGAAUUUGAUUAAGUUUAGCAAUAAUCUUCCAAAUGGGACUAGUUUGUAUCAAAAAGUUGUUUUAACUGGAGGAUCGGUGUCUUCAAAGUAUGCUGAAGAGAUUAUGUGGGAGGCAGUGAUGAGCACAUGUGGGAGUGCUUUACAGAGAUGUGUAGGUAUAGUUGCAGAUAAGUACAAGUCAAAGGCAUUGAGGAAUUUGGAGAUUCAAUACCAAUGGAUGGUGAAUCUCUCAUGUCAGGUUCAGGGGUUACUUAGUUUGAUCAAGGAUUUCUUCAAGGAGCUUCAACUUUUCAGGACUGUCACUGAAAAUUGCAUGAAGCUUGCCAAUUUUGUAAAUAAUAAAUCUCAAGUUAGGAUUACCUUCCAAAAAUAUAGGAUGCAGGAGCUUGAAUAUGCUGGGUUGCUUCGAGUUCCUUCCAGUAAAUGUGAAUGUAAAAACGAUUUUACGCAUAUUUAUGCGAUGCUGGAGGAUAUAUUGAGCUGUGUCCGUGUGCUCCAGACAGUUGUCUUGGACGAUUCAUAUAAGGUGAUAAGUGUGGAGGAUUCUGUUGCUAGGGAAAUUGCUGGGAUGAUUCAAAGCGAGGGGUUUUGGAAUGAAUUGGAGGCAGUUUAUUCACUAACAAAGCUCAUCAGAAGGAUGGCUCAUGAGAUUGAGGCGGAGCGGCCAUUGAUAGGGCAGUGCCUCCCUCUUUGGGAGGACUUGAAAGCAAAAGUGAAGGAUUGGUCUGCCAGAUUUAACAUUGUUGAUGAACACGUAGAGAAAAUAGUAGAAAAGAGAUUCAGAAAGAACUACCACCCAGCAUGGUCUGCUGCAUUUAUACUUGACCCCCUUUACUUGAUGAGGGACACGAGUGGAAAGUACCUUCCUCCAUUCAAGUGCUUGACACAUGAGCAGGAGAAGGAUGUGGACAAGCUUAUAACCCGACUGGUUUCCCGUGAAGAAGCUCAUGUUGCCUUAAUGGAACUUAUGAAAUGGAGAUCAGAAGGGCUAGAUCCACUGUAUGCCCAGGCUGUUCAGGUUAAACAGAGGGACCCCUCGACUGGAAAGAUGAAAAUUGCACACCCGCAGGGCAGCAGGUUAGUGUGGGAAACUCGUCUGAGUGAAUAUAAAACAUUAGGCAAGAUUGCAGUCAGGCUUAUCUUCCUCCAUGCGACCUCUUGUGGGUUCAAAUGCAGUAGGUCUUCCAUGAAAUGGGUUUGUAUGCAUAGGAGCUCAAGGGUGGGCCUCGAAAGGGCUCAAAAGAUGAUAUUUAUUGCAGCUCAUGCUAAGCUUGAAAGAGGGGACUUCUUGAAUGAAGAAGAAAAAGACGAAGAGCUUCUCCGUGUGGCAAGCUGUGAAGAUGAAAUGCUUGAGGCCUUUUCUGAUGCACCAUCAGCCUUGUCCACUGGGAGACCUCUUUUGUAUGAACUAUCUGCAUUUUUCCUGGAUAGGUUUUGUUUGAGCCAAUUGGAUUGGGUGGAUGAUGAGCCAGCUUUAGCCCUUGGAGGACCUCCUGGGUCAACCUUUGACGAGCCCAAGAAUGAAUCUGUGUUCUCAGAACAGCACUACCCACUGAUGUAAAUUGCCGUAUCACCUGGAUUCUCUGUUUAUGAAAAUGUCGAGCCCCACCAUGAGGAGUGGUCCAUCUCAGUGCUUUGGUUGUCAAUUGUCUUGGUCAAAGAAAAGUGAACACUAAUGGGCCUUCUUUCCUAUCGUUUUGCUCUCCCUCUGCUUCUCUGUAAUCAAUUUGUUUAUAAUUUUUUUCCUAAGCUAGCUUAGAUCUCAUUAUCUUCAGUAACUUGUCUCUUAACCAUUCUUCCCACUCUCGUGACUCUUACUUUCAGGCUGGAUCCUUGCAAACUUUUGAUGUCAAGGUUGAAAUUUUGAAGUUUUGUAGGGCUAUCAGCUAGGGUCAGCACGAUUGCUUAAAAAGUCUUGAGCAAAGGAGAAGCAAGGAGGGUUGUCGGCAUGGAAGGCACAGGAUGGCUGAAAGGGAUACUGCAACAAACUUCAACUGAUUUUAUAGGAUUUGUGCAGGUUCUCAACUUUGCUUAUGACACAACAUAUGGAAGAUUGUGGCGAAGAUACACAGGCAGGCUUGCACUUUCCAUGUGUUUGCUAGUGGAAUUCCGGAAAUGCUGUCGCAGGCGGUGAAUUUGGUGGAGAGACACAGGACCCUGUCGGCAAAGCUGACUGCUUACCAACUAGAAAGGAAAGUUUUCUUACUCGUAUGGUAUGGAUUUAAUUGUUUGCUCCACUCAUGUUCUUGCUAAAGGGGACGAGGUAUAAUGAUUAAUACAGGACCGCACUUUUCUUUCUACAAGAAUCUUCGCACUUUCAAUGCUAUCUCAUGAUUAACCUUUUUUUUUUUAAUCUUUUUUCUUUCCACUUAUACAAGUCUUGAUUGUUUUCGAAUUCGAAGCCCAUAUUUGAAUGAUGAUGUUGAAAUGGAUUAGUAUUAUUCAUUGCUUGUGGCC